UUUACUUAAAGCAUCAUUGCUGUUUUCAUCGCCCUGGCCUCCGGUUGAUGCUGAGGUCUCCGCUCUGAAUGAAUGAAACCGUGAUCAUCUGAGGGUUUCCUCCUCCUCCUCCUCCUCCUCAGCCUCUUAUUCUCCAUCGAGCCUGUCGUCGACCAGCGCGAGCGAGCUGGGGGGGAAUUCGGGGAAAGGGAGCCGUGGCGCCACGCACCGGCCGACGGACACCCCGCCGCGACGCGCCAACAACAUGCUCACCCGGGUCAAGUCCGCCGUGGCCGGAUUCAUGGGUGGAAUAAUGGCCGGGGGCAGCUCCAGCGGUGGGGGCAACCCUGGUUCCGAGCUGCCGCUGAAAUUCCCAUAUAUGAGACCUGAGUUCCUCGGCCUGUCCCCGGAUGAGAUCGAGUGCUCCGCGGACCACAUAGCCCGGCCCAUCCUCAUCCUGAAGGAAACCAGGAGAUUACCGUGGGCCACCGGAUACGCUGAGGUGAUUAAUGCUGGUAAGAGUGCGUUGAAUGAGGACCAGGCAUGCUGCGAGGUGGUAGUGGCCAGAAGGAGGCCGAUGAGCUACUGCCCUCCCUCCACGCCCAGCAAGACCCCCACCGCCAAGAGACGCAACUCCCUGCCCAACGGAGAGGGACUCGGGCUCCGCAUGGAGCAAAGCAAGCCGGGAGAGGACAGUGAAGGACUGGUGUUCCACUACUGGGCCUUGUUCGAUGGUCACGCUGGUUCAGGUGCGGCGGUUGUUGCCUCCCGCCUGCUGCAGCACCACAUCGCCUGCCAGCUCCAGGCCGUGAUUGAGAUCUUGCGCAACCUGGCCUACCCACCUCCCACUGUGCUGGGGGAAGAGCCCGACAACAACCCCUACCUCCAGGGAAGCAUCCCAGGCCCUCACCGCGCCCUUACCCGGGCUGCUUCGCUGCGCGGGGCCGCGGGCGCUCCUGGUUCCCCGUGCAGCACGCCGCCGCCGCCGCCUCGCUUCUUCACAGAGAAGAAGAUCCAGCACGAGAGCCUGGUGAUAGGAGCUGUAGAGAACGCCUUCAAAGAGAUGGACGCCCAGAUCGAGAGGGAGAAGCAAGUGUAUAACAUCACAGGAGGAUGCACGGCUCUCACCGUGGUUUACCUGCUAGGAAAACUAUACGUUGGGAAUGCAGGUGACAGUAGGGCUAUCAUUAUCAGAGACAAUGAGAUCGUUCCCAUGUCAACAGAGUUCACGCCAGAAUCAGAGCGACAGCGACUCCAGUUCCUGGGUUUCAUGCAGCCUCACCUGUUAGGAAAUGAGUUCACGCACCUGGAAUUUCCCCGGAGAGUUCAGAGGAAGGAGGUGGGCAAGAGGAUGCUCUACCGAGACUUCACCAUGAACGGGUGGGCGUACAAGACCAUUGAAGAUGAAGAUCUCAAGUUCCCACUAAUAUACGGUGAAGGGAAAAAGGCCCGGGUGUUGGCCACCAUCGGCGUGACGCGCGGGCUCGGCGACCAUGAUCUCAAAGUUCACGACUCCAACAUCUACAUCAAGCCGUUCCUUUCCUGUUGCCCUGAGGUGAAGGUGUAUAACCUGACGCAGUACGAUCACGGAGCUGAUGAUGUUCUGGUGAUGGGAACGGACGGGCUCUGGGACGUCCUCUCCAACCAAGAAGUGGCUGAGGUAGUCACCUCUUUUCUAGCCAACUGCGACCCUGAUGACCUGCACAGGUACACGAUGGCAGCACAGGACCUGGUCAUGCGAGCCCGUGGCGUGCUGAGGGACCGAGGCUGGAGGAUCACCAACGAGCGCCUGGGCUCUGGAGACGACAUCUCAGUCUUCAUCAUACCGCUGAUGUACGGCAACCGUCAGCCUUGAAGAGCCUGACAGAGAUGCUGCCGU